AUGAAUAAAAACUCAAGUGAAAGCGCUAAUUUAUCAGAUAAUAAAGUCCAGCUAGCCAAAGCUAAAAAAGCAAUGUCGCAACUCGAGGAUCUAGAGAUUGAAUGUUAUGGCGAAUUCUUGAAAAUUAAUAUUUUAAAGAAAGGAAUAAAUAUUGAUAUAUACAAAAACAUCAUAAAGGAUUUAUAA